CUUCUCCGCUUCUGCCGUCAUUCCUCAUCUUCUCUUGUCCGCAUUGAAACGCAACCCAACCACUGCAGCGCUGCGACAACCGUUCAACUUGGAAAGCUUUGGAUUUCUUGUACUGCCGCCGCCUGAUUCCCUGCAGCUUUCCUUCAACCUCGCACAACACUACGCUGAGCACGCUGCCUGCUUAUUAUAGGUUCCACCACUGCAAACGUUCCACGCUCUCUCUGCGGGUCUCGACAAGCUUCUCACAGCUUUCUUCCGAGCUAAUCCUGGAUACGAAUCCCCUUUAGACCCCUGCUUUCAACAUCGAUAUUCUGUUUAUUUGCCCAGAAUAGAAGAGGAAUACAGGCACUAGACAAUCGGAAUCUUUUGUCUGCUACUUGAUCUUUUUUUUUUUUUUUGGUUAAAAGAACUGAACGAAUAGAUCGCGAAGCCCAUAUCUUUGUCGAUUCCACUCUGACUUCCCCCAUACAACGAGCCCAACUUUCCGACACAUCAAAAGCGUCACAAAUCGACAAUAUGACUGGAUCAGACAGCACCGGUACUUCAACACCCAGAGCGAACCCUGACACUGCCGACAUGACUGCUGCCGACAAGCACCUCAAGCCCAAGAAGCGCUUGUUUGGAUUUGGAAAGAAAAAGUCAUCAUCAGGAUUGUCAGCGGAUGAGGAGCCAGCCUCAACAAAAGUCGCCCCUUUGACUGAAGAUUUAUCAAAGCUGUCCACUGGCAGUGUACCAACGACGCAGACGACACAUGUCGACAGCUCGCUGAACUCGCCGUCAACGCCAAGUCGAGCUCUGUCCGCCUCGCCACGGAUUGUAUCACCUGCCGGAUCUCAGAUCUUUGAGCGUGAUGUACAAGAAAGCACCUUGACCCCCGCAUCACCAGCCAUUCCAACACAUAUCCAAACCGAAAACUACAUUCCUUCGGUUCUUGACGAUGCAUCGGAAGCCAUUACAAACGACAACCUGGACCCUGAUGCCGUUGAAAUCGUAACACACACUUCUCACCAGCCCGCCUCGGUGACGGUUACUGGCGCUGGCGCCAACCAACCCGCGGGCGAACAGUCUUCUACAGAGUGGGCGGAGGAGCUUGCAUCGUUUGCAAACAGAAUUGGGCUUCCUGCCGAUUCUGCCUCCAAUUACGGCUCUCUUGAUUCGGGCGACGUGCGCCGACUAUCCUUUAUCUCCUUUGCUGAUGUUGUUCAGUCGGAGCACACUGCUACUAGUCCAGUAGCCCGCGAUAACAUGCAUCUCGUCGGUCUCACGUCACUACCUUCUUCAAGAAUGAAUCGAUCACCAUCGCCUUUGCGAUCUCCAGUCUCAAGUCAAGGCCCCGGUACUAGCCCACCAACAAGCAACCCUGGCAGCAUUAAAGGACUUGACUUGAGCCCAACCCGCAAACACCUGAACAGCCCCGGCCAUCUGAACAUUGGCUCAGGCAGCGACCUCAACAUUGAGACCAUGCGCCAGGCACUACGUCGCACAGGCAGCCGGGACAUGAGCACGGUCCGAAGCACACCAGCCAGCCCUAUCGACGGCCCCGGAUCCCGUUAACCACCCACGAUACCCUUUCUACACAAAGUAUUUUGAUCCGUAUUCGGAAGCUUUUGGACGCAAUUUUCUUAUUGCUCUAUGUUGCUAGCUUUCGCAGCUAUUCAUCUGGUUUCUGUUAUACUGGACAUUCAUUUGCCGUCUCUUUGUUGUUGUUAUUCCUCUUUUUUUCUCUUUUGAUAUUGUACGCGGCGAACUAGGUUUCGAUAUUGCCAGGCCGGGUUGUUUGGAAGGACAUUUAUUAUGAUUACAUUUCAGCCCCAGGACAAUAAAAAGUAGCGUUGAGCGCUGAAGCAGCGCAGAGGUAGUUGUAAGCCGUUUUGAACGGCGUUGGCUGACUACCGCGCGUUGUUGGACCAUGAAUCAAGAUUGGCAGGGCCUUUCCAUCAUUAAAUACAGAUUCUUUAUUGUCAAGUGAUAUUUAUCUAGAGUGAGAGUGAUACUGCCUUCCUG